CGAGGGAGGGCACCUGCCCCGGCACCUGCGCCUAGAGGCGGCACGGCCCGGCCCGGCCCCGCCGCUGCCAGCGUCUCGGGCCCCCCACCCCGGCGAGGAGCCCUCGGCAACGCCACGGGAGGAACUCAAACGGCGUGGGGAACCCCACCGGCCCCGUGCGGAGCUCCCGCGGUGUUGCCCGGGGAUCCCUGGGACCCUGCGCUGGCCAAGGCUGUCGGCUGUGGGAAUUCCUGAUGCCUCCGACACGGCACGGUGGCGGGAAAUGCUCCGCCGCCACUGCAAGCGAGCUUCCCCUACGGCUGGCCCCGGGGGGUGACAUAGAGCGCCGUGCCGGGGUCACCGGCUCACUCCGGCGGAUGAUGAGAUGUACCAGCGGACACGGGUGAUGGUGCUGGAGCCGGAGUCCCCCAACAUCAUGUUCAUCGAGGGCUACAGCACCCGCGGCUUCACCAUCAGCGGAGACCUGGUGGUGGGGCCCUGCGCCGUCCUGCCCCGCAGCAUCCUCCAGUGGAACGUUGGCUCCCACCGGGACAUCUCGCUCGAGAGUCUGUCGCUGUUCCGGCUGCUGGAGCCUCAGAUAGAGAUCCUGGUGCUUGGCACAGGGGACAGGGUGGAGCGGCUGCACCCUACCAUGGUGAAGCAGAUGCGGGAGUGCGGGAUUGCUGUGGAGGUGCAGGACACGGUAAGGGCGAAUGCAUGUGCAACCUUCAACUUCCUAAUGAAUGAAAGGCGUGUGGUGGCUGCUGGGCUCAUCCCCCCGCGGGGCACCUACGGGGUGUAGGCACUGCCUGCCAUGCCCAUGGGCUGAGUGGUUCCUCCCCUGCCUGCCUGAAGCCCCCGACAGUCACUGCUCCAUAGUGAACUGUGGAGCUGUCGGCUCAGUGAUGGCUCUGCACACAGGAGGGAUGUGAAAUACAUGGGCUUAGCUCUUCCCUGCAGUCCCUGACUUCUUGGCCUCCCUGCCCAGUCUGGGCUGGAGACUGUGGGGCACAGCACAAGGCUUUGCUGGCAGCACUGCUCCCACAGCCCUGCCAAGGUCAUGCCCCACACCUUGGCAGCAAGAAGCUUCACCUGAGGGAGGGUGAAGGCUGGUGGGGUGAGCUGUACAUCCCCAGGCACACCUGGAGCUCCACGAGGAAAAUAUAUGUAAAUGGGAAGUACAAGAAA